AUGUGGCUACGAGACGCCCUUCCACAUCACAUCACCGAAGAGGAUAACCGAUCGCUGGCGCGUGUUAUGACUUAUGGCUACGACUCACGACUUUUGAACAGCGACAACUUUCAUAAUUUGGAUGACCUCGCGAAGUCCUUUUAUGACAGCUUUCUGGUCUUGACUAAUGACUGGCAGGCACUUAUAUCACUGUCGAUUACCAAGGAUGAGGGCUACCAGGCGCUCUUCCAAGCGAUGUAUGGCAUCGUAUUUUUUGGAGUUCCAAAUCAUGGCAUGGAUAUCAGUUCCCUCAAGCCGAUGGUAGACAACAGACCUAACCGAUUUCUACUCGAGUCGAUUGGGCCCAAUUCGCAAGUCCUUGGCCAGCAGUAUGGCGAUUUUCAAAAAGCCUUAGGAAAAGGCAUGUUCGAGGUCGUCUGCUUCUACGAAAUGGUCGAGUCACCGACAGCUGUUCAGGGCGAAAACGGUGUAUGGAAAAUGGAAGGGCCUCCUGCCAUUCUCGUAGCUCCCGAAUCAGCUACACAUUGCCGGCAUUGGGAGGAGGGGGAGCAGUACAAAUGCCCCAUCAAUCGAACUCACUCAGAAAUGGUCAAGUUUGGCCCCCAAGACGCAGAAUAUGAGAAGGUUCUCCAACGAGUCAAACGCAUUGUCCAAAAAGCGCCCUUUUGCGCAAAGACCCCGAUUCAGCCACGGCUUUCACCAAAGGAGCAAGAAUGCCUACACUCGCUAGCCUUUUCGGAGAUGAACGCCCGCGCCAACGACAUUGACCCAGCCGUCGAAGGAACGUGCAAAUGGCUACUCGAACACAGGAACUAUACGGCUUGGAAAGCUUCCGCUUCAAGCCUACUCUGGAUCAAAGGAAAGCCAGGCUCGGGGAAGUCAACAUUGCUCAAAUACGCCCUCAAGAAUCAAGAAGCUUCAGCUAGAGGCAAUGACCUUGUCUUAUCAUUCUUCUUCCACGGUCGCGGAGCAGACCUCCAAAGAACACCUCUUGGCUUCUUCCGCUCUCUUUUUCACCAGCUUCUUAGUCGGGUCCCUGCUGCUCUAUCUAGCCUAGUUGAAACCUUUCAAAAAAGGUGCGAGACAAUCGGCCAAGUAGGAAAGUGGCAGUGGCAUGAAAAAGAGUUGUGGGAGUUCUUCCAGUCCUCUCUUCCGGCUGUUGUUGAGCACCAUUCUGUUUGGAUAUUCGUCGAUGCUCUAGACGAGUGUGGCCAAGAGAAUGCAAGGAAUCUCAUUGCAAAGUUUAACUCCUUGCUCAAAGCUCUUCAGUCCUCGCCUUUCACUGUCAAACGCUUUCACCUCUGCUUCGCUUGUCGCCCGUACCCGGUUCAGACUUGGAACGACAAUCUUGACCUGUGCCCCGAGCAUUAUAAUGGGGGGGAUAUCGCAACUUUCGUUGAGGCCCAGAAAUUCUCACUCCGUUUGCAAGCAGCAGAGAUUCCGACCCUAAUCACAAGUCGAGCCUCGGGCGUCUUUAUGUGGGCGCGUCUUACUGCAGAGAGGGUCAGGAGCCUUGAACUCGAAGGUGCUGGGCCGAGGGAGAUAAAAGACGAGAUCGCUUCCAUCCCUGAAGAACUUGAUGCUUUGUACGAUGGCCUUGUCAAAGGUAUGAAGUCGGCCUCCACUAAGCUAAUCUACUGGAUCUGCUUUGCCACACGGCCAUUGUCAGUGGAUGAGCUGCGCUGGGCCAUGGUAGUUGAUGCCGACUGCCAAUAUAACUCAUUGCAAGCCUGCCGCAACGCCAAGGAUGUACUGGACAACGACCAGCUGGAGAAGCGGAUUCAAACACUCAGCCGGGGUCUUGCUGAGUUCACGUCGUCUUCCGAUACACAGGUUGUUCAGUUCAUCCAUCAAUCUGUCAGUGACUAUUUCCUGGACAAAGGCUUGUUGGCGCUUAACGGCAACUCAAUGCCGACCGAACUGGUCAUCGGCAGAGCACACUUUCAGCUGUCCAGAACCUGCAUACACUACUUGGCGAUGGAGGAGAUCGCACUUUGCGAACUUGACGAAGUGUCCGCCUACGACUUGAAAUUCAAGUUUCCUCUAAUACACUAUGCUACGACCUCGUUGGUACCACACAUGAAGCAGACCGAUGACCAGGGCAUCCCUCAAGAAGAUCUUUUUGAUUCACUAUCAGACGACUUUUUGCGCCCAUGGACGCGCAUUUACCGAAGAAUAGAGGAGUAUUCAAACAACCGUCCACAAGAAGAUAUAACCCUUAUACACAUUGUAGCAAGAUACGGUAUCUUAGGGUUGCUUAAUGCUGCUAGAAAAUCCCUCUCUGAAUACACUACGAGCAUCAAUUCAAUAACUAAAGAUGGCCGGACGCCGUUGUCGUUGGCUGCUGAAAAUGGGCACGAGGCUGUGGUUAAGCUACUGCUUGAAACCGGCCAAGUCGACGUUGAUUCGAAGGAUACUGAAUACGGCCGGACGCCGUUGUCGUGGGCUGCUAAAAAUGGGCACGAGGCUGUGGUUAAGCUACUGCUUGAAACUGGCCAAGUCGACGUUGAUUCAAAGGAUGCUGAAUACGGCCGGACGCCGUUGUCGUGGGCUGCUGAAAAUGGGCAGGAGGCUGUGGUUAAGCUACUGCUUGAAACCGGCCAAGUUGACGUUGAUUUGAAGGAUAUUGUAUACGGCCGGACGCCGUUGUCGUGGGCUGCUGAAAAUGGGCACGAGGCUGUGGUUAAGCUACUGCUUAAAACCGGCCAAGUCGACGUUGAUUCGAAGGAUGCUAACGGCCGGACGCCGUUGUUGCGGGCCGCUGAAAAUGGGCAGGAGGCUAUGGUUGAGCUGUUUCAGCGGUAUGCUAUGGAUAGUUGA